AUGAUGCCCUUUAUCGUAUCGUUCAAUGCUGACAAAGCCGAUGCGGCCACGCGCAGGCUGAUCCGCAGCCACGUAAUGCGCGGCAAAAAGCAGAACAGGACCCGGCCGAGCAAACGUCAACUGCGGCGGGAGCAGCAUGAGAACCCACCGGCCCCGGCAUAUCGCACCCAUGCCAUACCGCUCAGUACCGAAGACAUUAGGCAGGACCUCCUAUCUCGCUACGCGGCCCCCAUCCCACGUCGAGUGGGCACCGACUUCUCCUUUAUCGAGUUCGCGGACAAGGUAGAGUCCGAGAUGAUUGUCAAUGUGGUGAAAUUCUCAACCUUUGCAACCCGCAUCAUCUUUCCCUUGCUCUCCCUCGUAGCCUACUACCCCACGUCGGGGUCAGGCAAGGACCGCCUCUUCCCCAUAGCCCAGGACGCACCCCUGCUGCAUAUCACCACCUACGCGGUCGAGUGCUUCAUUGACCGUGCGUUGCGCCGGCGGCCCGACGGGGUGAAUACCGCGGCGCAGCUGCACUUCCAGAGGGGUGUCGCGCUCCUCCGGCAGCGUCUUCGCGGGGAUGGAAACGACCGGGAGAAAUUGUCUGAUUUUACCAUCGCCACCGUAGUCAAGCUGGCGAGCGCCGCGCACUUCAACGGCUAUGCGAUGGAGGCGAGGAGGCACAUGCUCGGCUUGGCGGAGAUGGUGAGGAUCAGGGGCGGUGUCGAGGCUGUGAAGGGCACGGGAGCUUGGACCGAGAUGCUGAGAUGCGACCUGAGCAUCGCACUGCUUGGCGGUCAGGAUCCGGUCUUAUUUGACGCUCACAACGUGCCACCAUAUCCGGAGAAGUUGAUCCUGAAUGAUGACAUGAUCUCAAGGGAGGGAACUUCACUGCCCGUGCACGACGAUGAUCUAGCGACUGCCUGGAGGGUGAUUCGGCGCUUCUGCUUGCUUGUUGACGUAGGUCGCCAGACGCACCGAUUGCUCCGGCCGGAACUAGUCCACGACACAAUGGUAGCCGUGACAUACCGCCUCCUUCGCAUGAGAUUUGCAGAGAAGUCGGUUGGCGAGGUGGUGAGACAAGGGCUCCUCGUCUUUUGCUACCAUGUCUUCCUGCAGUGGCAGGACGUCCGGCCUCUGUAUAAGCAGUUUCCUGAUGCCUACAAGACGUGUAUCAUGGCUACCGGGAACCUGGCGCCGCAAAUGAUGUUCUGGUUGUAUUUUGUUGGUGCUGUUUCGGUUUGGGACCUUUCGACAGAUGCAUGGUUGACAGCGGCUUUGCGAAAGUGCGCCACAAUGUGCCGGGUGAGGAAAUGGAAGGAUGCCCAAGCUAUUCUGAAUGAAUAUGCUUGGAUCUCCGCUUUAGAUGACCAGGUUGGAAAGCAGGUUUAUGAUGGCCUUGAUGUUGGUGGGUAGGCAACUUGAAUGGUGCCGCUUUUUUGCGGCAAUGUCAUGGAAUAGCCGCCUCAACACAGCAGUUUUGUUCUUGGGGCUUUGUUUAGGGAUAUUUAACGAUGUCCACACAUAAAAGAAAGGUACAGUAGACUGAACUAUUGAAGUUAUGACAGGUGGCAUUUACUGUAUUCUAAGCUCAGCGAGGUCCGGAUGAAAGGUCAGCCUUAUUCUGCC